AUGCAGCUGUACAAUUUCACCGUGCAGCCGACGUCCAGUGUGACCGCGGCUGUAGUGGGACAGUUCCUUGGAACGCGCCAACAGCAUGUCCUGCUCGUGCGUGGCUCGCGCUUGGAGUUAUAUGACGUCGACACGGAGCAAGGGCAGAUGUCGCAAGUGAUGACGCAAAAUUUGUUCGGCAACCUCCGCAGCGCUACUUGCUUCCGCCUUACCGGAAGCACCAAAGAUCAUCUCAUUGUUGGCAGCGACUCAGGGCGCAUUGCCGUGCUGGAGUACCAAGAGGAGCUGAACCGGUUUGUCAAGGUGCACCUGGAAACGUUUGGGCGCUCUGGGAACCGGCGCAUUGUGCCGGGGCAGUAUCUUGCCACGGACCCCAAGGGCCGUGCAGUGAUGAUAGGCGCUGUCGAAAAGUCCAAGCUGAUCUAUAUCCUCAAUCGGGACGCCCAGGCCCAUCUCACUAUCUCGAGCCCACUGGAAGCGCAUCGUGCGACGGCCAUUGUCGAGUGCAUUGUUGGUGUGGAUGUUGGCUACGAGAAUCCGCUCUUUGCGUCGCUGGAGAUGGAUUAUGCCGAGGCGGACGCCGAUGUCACAGGGGCCGCGGCCGCUCAUACGGAGAAAAUGCUCACGUACUAUGAGUUGGACCUGGGACUGAACCACGUCGUGCGCCGCUGGUCGGAGCCCGUGGACCGCAGUGCGCACCAUCUUGUGAGUGUCCCUGGUGGAUAUAACCAUUCGACGCAGCGCUGGGAUGGCCCGAGUGGUGUGCUUGUGUGCAUGGAUGAUUUCGUCGUGUACAAGCACCAGGGACAACCGGAGCACUGUGUCCCGAUACCUGUCCGUUACAACCCCGCAGCUCAGCAGCGGCGUGGGUCUAUGGUGGUCGCCAGUGUGCUGCACAAGAUGAAGGCUGCCUUCUUCAUUCUGUUGCAAACCGAGGACGGCGAUCUGUUUAAGGUUACAAUCGACCAUGACGAAGAGGAAGUGCAGGCCUUGCGCAUCCAGUACUUUGAUACGGUGCCUGUUGCCGUCAACCUCGCCAUUCUUCGUGCAGGCUUCCUGUACGUGGCCUCCGAGACAGGCACCCAGCAGCUUUACUCGUUCCAGAAAUUGGGCGAUGACGAAGGACUCGAGUGCGUAUCGACGUCGUACCCCGACCGGGGCAUUCAUCGACGCAUGUCACUUCCUUCGUUUGUGCCGCGUGGACUGGAAAACCUCGCGCUGGCCUGGGAGCUGGAGGCACUCGAUCCGCUGAUGGACGCCAAGAUGGCGAAUCCGCUGCAUGACGACGUGCCGCAGAUCUAUACAGCAUGUGGGCGGGGCGCGCGCAGUUCGUUCAAGCGCUUGCGUCAUGGUUUGGAAGUCAGUGAAGUCGUCAGCAGCGAACUUCCGGGCGUCCCACAGGCUGUGUGGUCGACCAAGUUGCGCCGAUCGGAUGAGUACGACGGGUACAUUGUGUUGAGCUUUGUCAAUGGCACCCUUGUGCUCAGCAUUGGAGAGACAAUUGAGGAAGUUGUCGACAGUGGACUUUUGACGUCGGCGCCCACGUUGGCGAUCCAGCAGCUUGGCGCUGAUGCCCUACUACAGGUACACCCACGGGGUAUCCGGCACAUUCUGCCGAACCAGCAGAUCAACGAAUGGACGACACCGCUGUUGGAGACCGGUGCAUCGACGCAGAUUGUCGCCGCCACGACUAACGAGCGACAGGUGGUGAUUGCCCUGGACAACCACGAGAUUGUGUAUUUUGAGCUCGACAUGGACGGUCAGCUCAAUGAGUACCAAGAGCGACGCGAUAUGGGCGCCGACGUUGUGGCCAUCAGUAUCGCUGCAUGCCCAGAAGGCAGUCAGCGCACGCCGUAUGUGGCUAUUGGCUGCGCCGACCAGACCAUCCGUAUCGUAUCACUGGACCCUGAUUCGACGCUGUCGCAAGUCAGUUUACAGGCCCUGACUGCGCCGCCAUCGAGCAUUUGCAUCAGUGAGAUGCUUGAUACAUCGCUGGACCGCCAUCACCUCACCAUGUUUGUGGGUAUCGGCUUGACGAACGGUGUUUAUAUCCGAACGGUACUGGAUCCGACGACGGGGCAGCUCACCGACACACGCACACGGUUCCUUGGCAGCCGGCCUGUGACGCUGGUGCGGGUACAGGUCCACGGCGACACGGCUGUGCUUGCACUGAGCAGCCGCAGCUGGCUUAGCUACACCCUGCACGGUCACACGCACUUCACGCCGCUCAUGUUCGACACGCUCGCCUACGUGUCUAGCUUUAGCACGGAGCUCUGCCCCGAUGGCUUACUGGGUAUCACAGGCGAUGCACUGCGGAUCAUCACGGUGCCGCAUCUCGGCGGUGAGCUCAAGAUGGACUCGAUGUCUGUCUCGUAUACGCCACGGAAAUUGGCAGUCCACCCUGACGAUGCGAGUCUGUUCUAUAUGGUCGAAGCAGACCACCGCGUACUCUCGCCCAUCGCUCCUGAGCGCAUCCGCGCCCCAUCGCCUCGGGGCGUGCUAGACCUUGAGCCUGCUACCUUCGGACUCGUACGUGCUGAGGCAGGACGCUGGGCCAGCUGUGUGCGUAUCGUCGAUGCCAAGACGAUGAAUACACUGUGGCAGUUGGAGCUCGAGCAGGACGAGGCAGCAUUUAGCGUGGCUCUCGUGCGCUUUACUAGCGCGUCCAACGAGCUCUUUGUGAUUGUGGGCUCGGCCGUGGGCGUGACACAGGCGCCCCAGCGCCAUCGUGGGGCAUAUCUAACGACGUACCGACUCGUCCAGGACGGGCGGGCGCUGGACAUGGUGCAUAAGACGGAGGUGGACGGCGUGCCCCUUGCUCUCCAUGCAUUUCAUGGGCGUCUUCUCGCUGGCACCGGUGCGUAUGUGCGCAUCUUUGAUAUGGGGACGAAGAAACUCUUGCGCAAGUGCCAGAGCAGACCGUUUCCGGCUCAGGUCGUGUCGCUGAACGUGCAGGGCGCGCGUGUCAUUGUUGGAGAUAUGCAGGAAUCUGUGCACUAUGUCAUGUACAAGGAGGCCAUCAACAGUCUGAUUCCUUUCGCGGACGAUACCCUGCCACGCUACACGACCUGCUCGAUUAUGCUCGACUACGAUACGGUGAUGGCCGGCGACAAGUUUGGCAAUGUGUAUGUGCUGCGCAUUGACUCGGGGGCAUCGAUGGCCGCGGAUGAAGACCCCACGGGUCUCAUGCUGCAAAAUGACCGCUCAUACCUGAUGGGGGCAGGUCAUCGCUCACAGCUUCUCGCGCAUUUCCACCUGGGCGACAUUGUGACCAGCCUCUCGCUGGAAAGCCUGGUACCAGGGGGUCGUCCCGUCGUGAUAUACACGUGCGUGGCCGGGACUGUCGGUGCUCUCGUUCCUUUCAUUAGUCGCGAGGACGUCAAGCUGAUGUCAACGCUGGAGAUGUAUAUGCGCCAAGAGGACCUGAGUCUUGUCGGGCGUGACCACCUCGCUUACCGAGGUCACUAUGCGCCGGUGAAGGCGGUUGUGGACGGCGAUUUGUGCGAGUCUUUCCUUUCUUUGCCACAUGAGAAGCAGGCCCACAUUGCCGAGGAGCUCGAUCGGUCACCUGGUGAGAUUGCCAAAAAGCUUGCACAGCUGCGCGAGACCACCACCGGGUUUUAG